AUGGGGAACCUACCAAAAGAACGUAUACAACCUUGUCGCGCGUUUGCUACCACUGGAAUGGAUUUCGCCGGUCCCGUCAAAAUAAAGGUUAGUACCCGCCGUAAUGCUCAAACGUUAAAGGCGUACAUAUGCGUGUUUGUGUGCUUCGUCACUAAGGCAGUACACAUUGAGUUGGUGAGUGAUCUCAGUACGGAUGCUAUCCUAGCAGCCCUUCGAAGAUUUUGGUCAAGGCGUGGGUAUUGUGCAACAUUAUGGUCUGAUAACGGAAAAAACUUCGUAGGAGCUAAUCGAAAGUUAAAGGAGCUACGCGACUUGUUUAGCUCAAAGGAACAUCAAGCAAAAGUGCAACGUUGUGUGUCUGAAGUCGGAAUAAAUUGGAAGUUUAUUCCCGUGUAUAGUCCUCACUUCGGUGGACUGUGGGAAAGCGCAGUUAAGUCAAUAAAACAUCACUUAAUUAGGCAGUUAGGUAAUGCAGUUUUAACGUUCGAGGAACUGUACACAAUAUUAAGUCGAAUAGAAGCUUGCUUGAACUCCCGUCCUUUAUCCCCACUAUCUCCUGAUCCAUCUGACUUAAAUGUGCUUACUCCUGGACAUUUCCUGGUUGGUGGCUCUCUGACUUGUCUACCAGAACAGGAUAUGGCGAACGUGCCAGCUAACCGUCUACGUUGUUGGCAAUUGGUAACACAAUUGACCCAACAAAUUUGGCAGCGUUGUAGUCGGAAGUACCUUAGCCAACUACAGGAACGAAUUAAGUGGUCGUCUAAAAUUGGUCCCUCAAUAAAGAAAGGUAUGUUGGUGAUCAUAAGGGAACCUAAUUUGGCACCUACACAGUGGCGACUUGGACGAGUUAUUGAUCUGCAUGCAGCUCCAAACGAUGUCAUUCGUGUGGUUACGGUGAGAACGGAGAGAGGCAAUUCCAAACAAGCGGUUAGGAAUUUGUGUCCAUUGCCGCUUGACGAUUAA